ACCGUUGGCACGUAACGCGCUGGCGCCUAUCGCGCUGGUUCAUAUCCCCCUGGCUGGCGCCUAUCGCGCUGGCGCCCGUCGCGCUGGCGCCUGUCGCGCUGGCGCCCGUCGCGCUUGCGCCUGUCACGCUGGCGCCCGUCGCGCUGGCGCCUGUCGCGCUGGCGCCCGUCGCGCUGGCGCCUGUCGCGCUGGCGCCCGUCGCGUUGGCGCCUGUCGCGCUGGUGCCCGUCGCGCUUGCGCCUGUCGCGCUGGUGCCCGUCGUACUGGCGCCUGUCGCGCUGGCGCCCGUCGCGCUGGCGCCUGUCGCGCUGGCGCCCGUCGCGCUGGCGCCUGUCACGCUUGCGCUUGUCUCGCUGGCGCCUGUCGCGUUGGCACCUGUCGCGCUGGUGCCUAUCGCGCUGGCGCCUAACGCGCAUUCGCCUAACCCGCAAGCGCCUAGAGCGCUGGCGCGUAACGCGCUGGCGCCUAUCGCGCUGGCGCCUCAUGCGCUGGCGCCUCAUGCGCUGGCGCCUAACGCGCCUUUCCCGCUGACGCCUAACGCGCUGGUGCCUAUCGCGCUGGCGCCUGUCGCACUUGCGCCUAUCGCGCUGGCGCCUGUCUCGCUGGCGCCUGUUUCGCUGGCGCCUGUCUCGCUGGCGCCUAACGCGGUGGUGCCUGCCGCGAUGACGCCUAUCGCCCUUGCGUUUAACACGCUGGCCCCUAGCACGCUAGCACCUGUCGCACUGGCGCCUGCCGCGCUAUCGCCUAACGCGCUAUCGCCUAACGCGCUGGCGCCUAACACGCUGGCGCCUAACGCGCUGGCGCAUAUCGCGCUGUCGCCUAACGCCUUUGCAUCUAUCACGCUGACGCCUAUCGCGCUGGCGCCCAAGGCAUUGGUGCAUAACGCGUGGGCGCCUAUCGCGCCGGCGCCUUAA